UUUCAAUGGAAACACCUGAAAGAGUUUCAUCUGGGACCCACGGCGUCGGAGAAAUUGUAUUGUGUGACGAUCAAGGUUGAGCACAAGAAACAGAGCAUGACUCUGCAUAAUGGGCUGACCGAUAAGGACGCGCCUCUUGCAUCUUUGGAGAGCGAUGCAUGGCUGCGCAUGAGACCUGUCACGAUUACCCUUUCCCCGCAGGCCGCGGAUGCUAAUGUAGAGCCAAUCGAGGGAGUCGUUCCAUACAAACGCAUGGCCCCAUCAUUCUCAAUCCCUGCUUGCGGAGACAAUAGCAGUGUUGCCUGUGAGAGGUUUGAGUGGCGCUCCAGUCAUGGGAAAGAGAUUAAAGAGAUCGGUGGCCAUUCAUCCGGUUGGAAGCUGGUGCGGCUGUCUCAAACGGCGGGCGAGGCGAGCGACAGCCGAUCUCAUCGAGCGAUGGGGCGAUCAAGCGAUGGGAAGGAGAUUAUAGCAGUGAUUGCUCACAACGCGUCGUUAAGUCUGUCAAAAGGGUUCAGGUUUGCAUUUCUGGGAAGUGGGCUUACCGGCAUCCUGGGAGAAAAGUGGGAAAUUAUGACAGUUAUUUCUGCAAUGCAUCUUUGGCUUCUCGAUUUCCAGACUAUAACGCACAUAGUUCCCGCUGCAUAAGAUUUCUUUUAUAAUUCCUCCCGGUAAUGAUUAUCCCCCCUCCUUUCAUACCACAUGCAUAUGUGAUGUGAUAUCUCUGGCGAACUUCAGACAAUGAACAACUGCAUUAUCCCUAGCAUGAAGCAUUGUCGUUCAUUCUAAUUUGGACAUCCACAGCACCCUAUCCUGAGUCCUAGUAUAUCCACCCCUACACGAA